GGGCCCCAAGAUGUCGGUGGCGUUCGCGGCCCCCAGGCAGCGGGGGAAAGGCGAGAUCACGCCGGCUGCCAUCCAGAAGAUGUUGGAUGAAAACAACCACCUUAUUCAGUGUAUAAUGGAUUACCAGAAUAAAGGAAAGACAUCAGAAUGUUCUCAGUAUCAGCAGUUGUUGCAUACAAACUUGGUCUAUCUAGCUACAAUAGCAGACUCCAAUCAAAAUAUGCAAUCAAUAUUGCCACCACCACCCACGCAGAAUAUGCCGAUGGGUCCCGGGGGGAUGAAUCAGAGUGGCCCUCCCCCACCUCCACGCUCUCACAAUAUGGGUUCAGAUGGGAUGGUAGGUGGGGGCCCUCCUGUGCCACACAUGCAGAACCAGAUGAACGGCCAGAUGCCUGGACCUAACCACAUGACUAUGCAGGGACCUGGACCAAACCAGCUCAACAUGACAAACAGUUCUAUGAACAUGCCUUCAAGCAGUCAUGGCUCCAUGGGAGGUUAUAACCAUUCAGUGCCAUCUUCUCAAAGCAUACCUGGACAAAAUCAGAUGACAAUGAGCCAAGGACAGCCUAUGGGAAAUUAUGGUCCCAGACCAAACAUAAGUAUGCAACCAAAUCAAGGCCCGAUGAUGCAUCCGCAGGCCCCCUCACAGCAAUACAACAUGCCGCAGGGAGGUGGACAACAUUAUCAAGGACAGCAGCCUCCCAUGGCCAUUAUGAGCCAAGUUAACCAAGGAAACCAUAUGAUGGGACAGAGGCAGAUUCCUCCAUACAGGCCACCCCAGCAAGGCCCACCACAGCAGUACUCAGGCCAGGAAGACUAUUAUGGGGACCAAUACAGUCAUGGUGGACAAGGUCCUCCAGAAGGCAUGAACCAGCAAUAUUACCCUGAUGGUCAUAGUGAUUACGGUUAUCAGCAACCGUCGUAUCCUGAACAAGGCUACGAUAGGCCUUAUGAGGAUUCCUCCCAACAUUACUACGAAGGAGGAAAUUCACAAUAUGCUCAACAGCAAGAUGCAUAUCAAGGACCACCUCAGCAGCAAGGAUAUCAACAGCAACAGUACCCAAGUCAGCAAGGUUAUCCUGGACAGCAGCAAGGUUAUGGUCCUUCACAAACUGGUCCCGGACCCCAGUAUUCCAGUUAUUCCCAAGGGCAAGGCCAGCAGUAUGGAGGGUAUAGGCCCACACAGCCUGGCCCCCCACAGCCGCCACAGCAGAGGCCUUAUGGAUAUGAUCAGGGACAGUAUGGCAACUACCAGCAAUGAAAAAUGUCAUGAGUACAAUAGCCAGUAUCUAUUAGCAGCUGUAUUGUCUCGUCAGCACUGUGGACAUCUUCUUGUGAAGAGAAUCUUCCUUUCCACCUAGUUUUGGAAACAAAAAUACUCUCCCACAUUGUUGAUAAAUGGCUGUUUUACAGUAUAUCGCCUGCUUGGGCUAGUUAUAAACAGAAGUUAUAGUCUUUCUGAAAAACAAAUUUCACAUCUCUACUCUAGAUGGCAAUAUUGGACAGAAAAUACAUUGACAAACAAUGUUUUGCAAUGAGCUUAGAACUGUAUAUCAAACUGUUACAUACUAAAAUGUUGUGAACAGCAUUGUACGUUUAUGAAGGUUAAGGGAAUUUAAUAUUUUUCCACAGAUUCUUUUGUAAGGGGGAAAUUUUUACAGCAACAAUAUUUUGUAUAUUAUGUUUUUCAUAUGGAAUAUGCAAGGCAGUACACUACGCACUGGGCAAAGUCAGAAACCCAUGUAGAUAGGAAGUACAGAUGGAGACAUGAUGAAUUCUUGAUCAUGUUGGUCUUAAAAUGUGCAAGGAGAGCUGGAAAAGGAUGUUGCUGAAUAUGCAUCCUUGGCAGACUCAGUAUGCAGAAUACAAAUCCCAGUUAUUUAAAUGACAAGGUGAUCAUGGGCAAUAUGACACAAUCUAUAA